CUAACUAUAGUAACUAUACACGGACUCUAAUGAAGUCAUAAAAAAAUAUAUCUGGUAUCCCUGGCAGGAAAGAAAUUUCCGCAUAACGGACGAAAAACCGAUACAACGGCGCACAUUGCAAUCAUAUCAACGCCACAAUAAUCGUCAUUCACUGUAGAGGCGUCAGAUAGUGAAGUUCACGUUUUCUUCUAAUCUCUAAGUAACGAACCGAUUUGCAAAACUAAAAAUGCCGGCCAAAGCUGUCUGCGUACUAAGCGGCGAUGUCAAGGGCACCAUUUAUUUUGAACAGAACGGUGGUCCAGUUUCAAUCACCGGAUACGUGGAAGGCUUGUCUCAGGGCAAACACGGACUGCAUAUUCAUGAGUUCGGCGAUUUUUCUAGAGGCUGCCUGUCAACCGGACCGCACUAUAAUCCGUGCGGCAAUGACCAUGGCGCACCAGGUGAUAUUAAUCGACAUGUAGGCGAUUUGGGAAACAUAAUGGCUUAUAGCACUGGACUGGCCAAGAUUCAGCUGGUAGAUCAUAGGAUAACGCUUUUUGGUGAACAAAGCAUUCUAGGUCGAACGUUGUCCAUUACCGAGUUUGAAGACGAUUUGGGGCGGGGAGGGCACGACUACAGCAAAACUACUGGAAAUUCGGGUAAUCGGAUCGCUUGCGCCAUCAUAGGAAUAGCGCGGGAGGAAUUCUUUCCGGAACGAGGACAUUUGACGUCGAGGGAUUAAUUGAAAAGUUUUUAGCCUUAUUGUGCAUUACCAUACAACGGAUUGAUUUUUCGAAUGGAACGAUUCGAAAGAAUUUAACUGUCGUUUGAUUAAACUGCCCAUAUUGAAAAUCUGAAAAUGUAUUCGUUCGGAGAAGUAAAAGUAAUGCAGAGUUUAUAGCUUUUUAUACAGAAUACAGAAUGACAGUCAUAAUAAUAGAACUUCAUUUGAUUGCAUUAGUUGCAUAUGUUCUAGAAAUUUUUUUUAAAAAAAAGUAUGCAAUGUGUUACUCCAGAAAACCUGAGGCAAAUUGUCACAGAAUUGAUAAAUUAAACUGGAAACUCUAGAGCCGUCGGUUUUAAAAGAAAUAUGAAUACCAACUAUUUUAAAGGAAAUAUGAAUACCAAUUACGAAAAAGCAACUCGAUCGGAGUUAAGAAUACCUAGAUAAUUCAUCGUUAUUCUUAUUUAUAACAUUAAGGUAGAAGCAUAGCAAUUUCUCGGAAAUAAAUUAUCACAGCAUAUUUUUUAGAA